AUGGCCUUUACAGCUUUGAUGAGUGUGAUUGAUAAGCGUGCAUCGAGAAGCAUGGCGACAGGUGGUAUCGACAAGGAAUCAUGCAACUCGUUGAUGCAUGACUGCUUGCACCAUGCGAUGCUGCAUGCCGAGAGAUUGAGGUUCCAAACAGUUCUCCGUCGCGCCGCUGCUCGCAGCUUCGUUUCCUCGCCCCUCAAGGCUCGCACAAUCGUCACCAAGACACCUACUGGACUCUAUCAAUCACAAAAAUGGCAGAUGCCCGUUUUCCAAAGGCGAUUCGCCAGCGACGAGGCAUCGCCCGCUCAGGAGAAGACCACUGGCGAAACUGUUCCCACUGAGCCCACUGAGACCGAGAAGGCCAUGAAGGAAGAGACUGCUGUCACAUCGGAAGCGCAGGCAGAGCAAGAGUCCAACGUGGCAGAGAAGUCGGUUCCCAAAGCAGCCGAUGCUUCUGAACAGCCCUCGGUCGUUAAGCAGGUCAAGGAGAAGGUUCAGGAUGCUGCAUCAAAUGUCACAGAUGCAGCCGUAGGCCUGCUCGGCGACAGUGCUCGCAAUACCGCUGCCGGAACACACAGCAAUCCCAAGCCCAGCAAAAUCCUUUACGUCGGGAACCUAUUCUUUGAAAUCAAGAGCCAGGACCUCGAGCGCGAGUUCGCCAGAUACGGUCAAGUCGUCAAUGCGCGCGUGGCUGAAGAUGCUCGCGGUCUUAGCAGAGGAUUCGGUUUCGUCGAGUACGAGACUCUCGAAGAUGCAGAGAAGGCACAGAAGGAGCUGAACCAGAAGACUCUGGCUGGCCGCAACAUGGCAGUGCAGUUCCACCUCCGUCGCGAACCCCGCAACCCCAUGAACAGCAGCAGAAAGGCCCAGACCAACAAGCCCAGCAAGACUCUGUUCAUUGGAAACAUGUCAUUCCAGAUGUCCGACAAGGACCUCAAUGACCUGUUCCGCAACAUCACCAACGUGCUGGACGUCAGAGUGGCAGUCGACCGUCGCUCAGGUCAGCCAAGAGGCUUCUGCCACGCUGACUUCAUCGAUAUUCCCAGCGCACAAGCGGCCAAGGAGAUUCUCGAGAACAAGGAGAUCUACGGCAGACAGUUGCGUGUCGACUUCAGCCGCUCGGCCAACAGUGCGCCCAGCAGAGAUCACUAG